AGUCCAACAGCCCACUAGUUCUCUCCACAGUGACCUGGGUCCCGUGAAUGCUGGUCACUUCAGACCCUGAGGAAUAAAGAUUGGAAUCCCAAGCUGGAGGCUGGAAGUUGCCUGGGAGAAAAGACUGCAGCUCAAGAAAUGGCGGCUCUGCUAUAUUUGCCACAUCGCGGAAGGUUUGUCUUGCUGUGCCUUCUUUGGGUGGCCCUGUGGGAGGCUGGAGCUGGGCAGAUGCGCUAUUCAUUGCCAGAAGAGAUAGAAAAAGGGUCAUUCGUGGGCAGCAUUGCCAAGGAUCUCGGGCUAGAGCCUCUGGCACUAGCGGAGCGCGGGGCCCGCAUCGUCUCCAGAGGUAGGACGCAUCUCUUCGCUCUGAACCCGCGAAACGGCAGCUUGGUCACCGCGGGCAGGAUAGACCGGGAGGAGCUCUGCACCCAGAGUGCGCGGUGUCUGGUGAGCUUUAACAUACUCCUGGAAGAUAAAUUGAGUAUUUAUUCAGUAGAAGUGGAAAUAAAAGACAUUAACGAUAAUGCCCCUCGCUUUGGAGUAGAGGAAGUGGAGCUAAAAAUUAGUGAAAUGACUACGCCAGGAUUCCGGAUCCCUCUUAAGAGCGCGCAUGACGCAGACGUCGGAGAGAACACUCUCCAAAAGUACGAAAUUAAUUCAAAUGACCACUUCUCUCUGGACGUGAGAAGCGGGGUGGAUGGUAACAAGUACCCGGAGCUGGUGCUGGGACGCGCUCUCGACCGUGAGGAGGAGGCCGUACACUACCUCGUUCUCAAGGCUUUGGACGGGGGCGACCCUAUCAGAUCUGGCACCUCCCGCAUCCGCGUGACGGUCCUGGAUGUGAACGACAACGCUCCUGUUUUUACACAGCCCGAGUACCGUGUAAGUGUUCCAGAGAACACUCCCGUAGGCACCCGGAUACUUACAGUGACCGCCACUGAUGCAGAUGAGGGAUACAAUGCCCAGGUGACAUAUUUUCUGGAGAAAAACCCUGCAGAAACCUCAGAGGUAUUUGAGCUUAAGUCAGCAUCUGGAGAAAUAACAAUCACAAAAAGCCUAGAUUAUGAGGAUGCCAAAUUCCAUGAAAUUGAUAUUGAAGCUCAGGAUGGCCCAGGCCUUCUGACCAGAAUGAAGGUCAUUGUCACAGUUCUGGACGUGAAUGACAAUGUCCCAGAAUUCUACAUGACAACUGCUACAAGCUCAAUUCCUGAAGAUUCUCCUCCAGGAACCAUAAUCGCACUUUUCAAUGUACAUGACAGAGACUCUGGGCAGAAUGCAUUUAUCACAUAUUCACUCCCAGAGAACCUUCCUUUCAAAUUAGAAAGGUCAGUGGACAAUUACCACCGAUUGGUUACAACCAGAGUCCUUGACAGGGAACAGUUUUCCUCUUACAACAUCACUGUGACUGCUAAAGAUGGAGGGAGCCCAUCUCUAUCCACAAAUGCUUACAUUUUGCUGCAGGUGACAGACAUCAACGACAACCCUCCCACCUUUCCCCACACGUCCUACUCUGCCUACAUUCCUGAAAACAACCCCAGAGGUGCCUCCAUCUUUUCCGUGAAGGCCUGUGACCCCGACAGCAACGACAAUGCCCAUGUAACUUAUAGCUUGGCUGAGGACACCCUUCAGAGUGCACCCCUGUCCUCAUAUAUCUCCAUCAACUCUGACACUGGUGUCCUCUACGCACUGCGUUCAUUUGAUUAUGAGCAGUUCCAUGAACUUCAGUUAUGGGUUACAGCACAGGAUGGUGGGAAUCCACCCCUCAGCACCAAUGUGUCUGUGAGCAUAUUCGUGCUGGACCAGAACGACAACACACCUGAGAUUCUGUACCCUGCACUCCCCACGGACGGUUCCACGGGCGUGGAGCUGGCACCCCGCUCCGCAGAGCCCGGCUACCUGGUCACCAAGGUGGUGGCAGUGGACAGAGACUCAGGACAGAACGCCUGGCUGUCCUACCGCCUGCUCAAGGCCAGCGAGCCAGGGCUCUUCGCGGUGGGGCUGCACACGGGCGAGGUGCGCACAGCGCGGGCGCUGCUGGACAGAGACGCGCUCAAGCAGAGCCUGGUGGUGGCGGUCCAGGACCACGGCCAGCCCCCUCUCUCGGCCACCGUCACGCUCACCGUGGCUGUGGCUGACAGCAUCCCAGACGUCCUGACUGACCUAGGCAGCCUCAAGCCCUCAGUGGACCCCGACGACUCCGGCCUCACACUCUACCUGGUGGUGGCGGUGGCCGCGGUCUCCUGCGUCUUCCUCGCCUUUGUCAUUGUGCUGCUGGCGCUCAGACUGCGGCAUUGGCACACGUCGCGUCUGCUCCAGGCUUCGGGCAGCGGGUUGGCUGGCGUGCCGGCGUCUCAGUUUGUGGGCGUGGACGGGGUGCGGGCUUUCCUGCAGACCUAUUCGCACGAGGUCUCGCUCACGGCGGACUCUCGGGGGAGUCACGUGAUCUUCCCGCAGCCGAACUAUGCGGACACGCUCAUCAGUCAGGAGAGCUGUGAGAAAAAGGAUUUUCUUUCAGAACCUCAAUUUCUACCUGAAGAUAAAGAAGAAACAUUUUCUCAGGUAAACUCUCUUCUCAAUAUUCCUGUGAGUUACUUUGCUAAAAGAAAUAAAUUUACCUAAUUACUUAGCUGUCUCCACAGUUUACCAUACCUUUUUUAUUUCCCAUAUUUCUUUGUGGACAUGUUCAGUUUAAGAAAUAGUCCUCAUGUAUUAUUUCUCACUAGUUCUAAGUGUUCACAUGGUGUAACAGGGAAGAGGAGCUAGAAUCAUUAUGUCAUUAGUAUAAAUCGGGAAUUAGUAGGUGAAGAUGAUAUUUAGGCUAUCAAAAGAGCCUUAGGUUCAAGAGGGAGGGGUCAUAUGGAUACCUGUGGCUGAUUCAUGUUGAUGUAUGGCAGAAACCAGCACAAUAUUGUAAAGCAAUUAUCCUCCAAUUAAAAAAAUUAAUGCAUUAACAACAACUAAAAAAAGCCUUAGGAACUGGGGUAUCUGGUUUCUCCUACUUUCUUUCUCAUCCCUUAGCAAACCAUCCCAAUCCUCCUGAAUCAACAGUUCUUUGUUAGAUAUAUGAAUGUUGACUUUUGUUUCCUCAAGUGUCUCCCUCUUUUAAAAUUAAAUACUUUUAUGCUUUAUAUUUGUAUUUAUGAAUAUUAAUAAAUACUGUAGUUGUUUGUUUUCAUCUCAGUCUUUAUGUUUUUCCUUCUGUUUAGCAGAGAUUCCUCAUAUUUUUUUAUUUGAAUGAUCCCUACUAAAGAUGUGUUUAGGAAUAGAUAUGCUUCACCAUGUUUCAGGAAGGUAUGUCAUGCAAUCUCUGUUUAGUUCAAAAUGUCAUUAGCCUCUAAAGUAGCUGUGUUCCUUUAAGAGUAAUUGAGUUAUCAUUUUCUGUGUUAAUAUAAUACAUGGUUUGUAUAAUA